GCUUGUCAGGGCUUUAGGGGCAGGUGUAGCUGAAUCGUGGAGCUGCAUUCUGCAUCUGACUGUCACUACACUACACCAUACCAUCAUCAGCUCUAUGGGACCAGGAGGAAUGGAGACAGCCCUGCUACUUCUUCUAGGCAGCAUACUGUUGGUGGGUGCAGAGGACUGCCCGACAAAACAAUACACCACAGGCGGAGAGUGCUGCAGGGCCUGCGGAGCUGGAGAGGGUGUCAUACAGGAAUGUGGGGUGAACCAGACUGUCUGUGAAUCCUGUCUGGACAGUGUAACUUAUUCUGACACCACCAGUCACAAGGAAGCUUGCAAGGAAUGCACUGAGUGCCACGGUAACAGGCGCAUGAUUGCCCCCUGCGUGGAAACAGACGAUGCCCUCUGUGCUUGUGCCUACGGGUUCUACAAAAAUGAACGAACUGAAGAAUGUAAUCCAUGCAGGACGUGUCCCAUUGGAUAUGGCAUGAUCCUGUCCUGUUCCAUGAACCAGGAUACGGUGUGUGAAAAAUGCCCAGAAUGGACAUUCUCAAAUGUCGACAACAAUAUGGACCCCUGCCUGCCAUGCACUAUCUGUGAGGAUGAUGAGGUGACAUUAACAGAAUGCACAUUGACUUCAGACACAGAAUGUUUCGAUCCAAACCCACGUGUGGCAUCGGUGACUCCAUUCUUGGACACCACUAUGCAGGACACCACCAUGACUGAUCCGGAGUUAACAGGCACAACGCCAGGGAGAUCGCAGCCAAUUCCUCCAAGCGGGGCCGCUGAGAACCUCAUUCCUGUCUAUUGUUCCAUUUUGGCUGCUGUUAUUGCUGGGCUGGUGGCAUUCAUUGUUUUUAAACGGUGGAACAGCUGUAAGAAGAACAAGCAAGGAGGAAAUAGCCACACAGUGAACCAAACUCCGUCCCCCGAGGGGGAGAAACUACACAGUGACAGUGGGAUCUCUGUCAAUAGCGACAGUACUGCCGAGCAACCCGCAGGACAUAUGCAAGGCAAAAAUGACCUUCACCUUUACAACAGCCUCGCACCACACAAACAGGAAGAGGUGGAGAAACUCCUGACCAGCUCCUUGGAGCAGACAUGGAAAAACUUAGCUGGAGAACUUGGCUACCAAGAUGAACUAAUAGACACCUUCACACAAGAUGAGUUCCCAGUACGAGCGCUGCUUUCUGACUGGUCCAGCAAGGACAGCGCCACCACCGAGUCCCUCUACUCAGCUCUCCGCAAAAUCCAGAGGGAGGACAUCGCCCAGAGCUUGUACAGCGACUCCACUGCUACCUCGCCAGUGUAACCGAGACAUAGUAGGACAGAAGGAAGAUGUUUCAUAUUGAUAUUUCUCAAUAGAGCAUCCCGCACGAGAUGUGAAGGAAAGUUUUCCCCUUUGCCCCCCAAAAUCCCCCAACCUCCCUUUAUACCCAGUAUUAACGGACAAUCCGUCUGCACUGAAGCAUUAUUUUCAGUAUUGUGGUGUGUAAUCUUCUCUAUGGACCUCUCAUGUCCUGCAUCUCCAGGUUUCUCACUGUGAUGGACCUAAGACUUUAAGAUAAGGAGUUGCAAGCUGUGGAUGAUCAGACAUUGUUUUGAGAAUUCUAAGGUGCACCCACCUCCCUCUUUCUUCGGUCUUUUUAAAUCUUCUAGGUUUUAUGUUUUUUUUUUUUAUAGGCCUUGACUGGUGACCCCCUCCCGCUGCCCCACGCCCACCAAAAAACCCUAGGGGCUGCAACCCUCUAGGAUCUUUUUAAGGGAAUUUGAGGGCUUUGUGCAGUAGAGGGUUAUUGUGGCUCUAGAUUCAGAAGGUUAUUUUACAGACGCACUUAGAAAUACAGCACCUUAUGCUGCACAAAGAUUGUGUCCGAAUUCUAGAGUGUUAAUAAUUCAUUCAGGUAAUGCAGCUUAAUGAUCCAGAGACCGUCUUAAAUGUACCCAUUGUCUACAUCUACGACAUUAUUGAUAUCUAGUGUUAGUGCUUUAGGAUCCUUAGUAUUAAUGCCUUAGGAGCAAUCAGAACCUAGCUUUCGUUCUUCUAUAACCAUAUAAAAGAUUAAAACAAGUAUCCAAUGGUUUAGCCUUAAGAUUUACAGCAGACCAUGUCAAAACACACCUCUAGGUCCGUGUUGUGUCCAGCUUGUGACAUAUAACCUGCUCUAUCCCCCCUUUCCUCCUUUUUCACAAUGACCUCCUGAGUAUGGAAAGUUUUCAUCCUUCUGUGAGGAUAAAUAAUCUGCUGACUCGCUCAUGUUUUGUGUUCCUCAGGAUUAACAGUAUUAGAGUUUAUAACUGUUAGCUGAACUGUUACAUGAAGCUGUGAUAACAGCUUCCACCUCUUAUAAAAGCACUUCCAACCAUAGAGAUGGUCAUAGUGGGUGAGGUUGUUUUACAAAUCAAGGGAAGUCAUGAAUUUGCACCAAUAAUCCAUUAUAUAAAACUGGUAAUUGUGAAAAACAUAGCUUAGUACCUUUAAUAAAAGGUUUGUAAAAUAU